CGAUAUGUGUUUUAUUGUACUUGUUCAUGUUGGUUGAUAAGUCCAAUAUAAGCAACGCAAUUGUGGCAGGUUUCACAGAUAAAUACUUAAACGCCUCUUCAAUUGGAUUUAAUAUUGCUAUAUCCGCUCAUCUUUUUGGUUAUGUUUUCUUCGAAAUUCCUUCAAGUCUUGUAGCAAAAGUUUUUGGAUUUAAUGUUUGGAUUCCGAUCUUAAUGGUGCUCUGGGGUGGUAUAUCUAUGACACAAGCUGCUGUUUCUUCCGCACUACAAUUAGGCAUUGUUAGAUUCUUUUUAGGUGCCGCUGAAGCUGGGUUUUCUCCUGCAGUUAUAGAUUAUAUAUGUUUAUUUUAUUCUAGAAAAGAGAUAACCUUUAGAUAUGGCGUCUUUAUGGCUUUAUCUAUAUUGACUGGUGCAUUUACUGGUCUUCUGGCAUAUGGAAUACUUCAAAUACGAACGUCUUCAUUAAAAAGUUUUCAAAUAAUGUUUUUACUCGAAGGUGUUCCAACAUUUAUUCUUGCUGCAAUUGUUGCUGUUUUCUUGACUAGUGGUCCUGGUAAUUCUCGUUUCCUCACACCUAAUGAACGUGAAUUCACUGUUGAACGUCUUAGACCAGAAGGUGGUGUUGACGAAAAAGAUGUUAGCGUUAUGAAACAUCAAGCUAAAAGCGCGUUUUUGGAUCCUAAAGUUUAUGUUUACGUAUUAGCUGCAACUGCUGGUUCAAUUCCAAAUAACGUCCUUAAUUAUUUCCUACCAACUUUAGUGAAACAACUUGGUUAUAGUGCUGUAGAUGCUCAAUUAAUGAGUGUACCCCCAUUUGUAGUAGCAACUAUUGUAAUGCUUAUUUUUACUUGGUUGGCUGAUAAAUACGAAGUUAGAGCUUUGCCUUUGUUGAUUUCUGAUAUAUUAACUAUCAUAGGAUCUGCUGGAAUGUUAGCAACAUCUGCUUCUGAUCCGAGUUUAUAUAAAUUACGUUACUUUUUUAUAAUACUUGUAGCAUGUGGUGUAUAUACUGCUCAAACGGUAAUUUAUAGUUGGAUUACUGGUAAUGUUGUCGGUCAGUAUAAACGUAAUAUAACAAUUGCUGCAUCCUUUACUAUCGGUAAUAUUGGUGGUGUCAUCGGAAUUCUACUUUUCCCAUUAAACCUUGCACCUUCAUUUACAACUGGAACUACCGCAUGCUUGGCCAUGAUGAUCCUUCAAUUUGUUGUAGCAAUUUCAAUGAAAUUUUAUUUGGAAUAUGAGAACAAGAGGCGUGAUUUAGCAAUAUUAUCCAAAAAUAAUUUUCAAUUAAGUACAAGUGAAUUAAAAAAUACAAAGCUGAUUAGAGAAAAAGUUGAAAGAUUGAUAGAAAACGAACCAAAAUUCGAUGAAAUUUUGUGUGAUUCACAUCCUAAUUGGAGAUACAUGGUUUAA